UGUCCAAAGCGCCCAGUUCCUUUCAAUACCAUUCCAUUGGUCGAUGCUGAACUCACACGGUUACAAUCAUUGGGCAUCCUCGAACCUGUCGAUUUCUCCGAAUGGGCUGCUCCCAUCGUGGCAGUGCGCAAACCUAACGGUCGAGUGCGCAUAUGUGCAGACUACUCGACGGGGCUAAACGAGGCGUUGGAACCAAAUCACUAUCCGCUUCCGACGCCGGAGGAAAUUUUCGCCCAACUCAACGGCAGCACCGUCUUCAGCAUCGUCGAUCUUUCCGAUGCGUAUCUGCAGCUUGAGGUGGAUGACGACUCCAAGAAGCUGCUCACAAUCAACACGCAUCGAGGUUUGUUCCGGUUCAAUCGCAUGGCUCCCGGAGUGAAAUCUGCGCCGGGCGUAUUCCAACGUGUGGUGGAUGGAAUGAUAGCAGAUAUACCUGGUGUCCGCUCUUUCAUCGAUGAUGUCAUCGUGUUUGGAAAGGACAUCAGCUCACACGCAACGUCACUCAACCUACUCUUCCAGCGGCUCAAAGAGUAUGGUUUCAACGUGAAGGCUGAGAAGUGUCAUUUCUUUCAAUCACAACUCGGCUAUUUGGGGCACAUUGUGGACAAACAAGGCAUUCGUCCAGACCCCGAGAAAGUGAAGGCUAUCGCUGCACUCCCACCGCCAACCAACGUUCCCGAGCUUCGAUCGUACCUGGGUGCGGUCAACUUCUACGGUAGGUUCGUGCGCAACAUUCACGAAUUGCGGCAUCCAAUGGACCAGCUGUUGAAAAAGGACGUGAAAUGGCAGUGGACAUCGGCAUGCCAACAGGCUUUCGACCAGUUCAAAAGGACGCUUCAAUCAAACCUGCUGCUAAUGCAUUACGACCCUAAGCUUCAAAUCAUCGUGGCUGCGGAUGCAUCAAGCACAGGCAUCGGGGCAGUCAUCUUUCACCAGUUCCCUGAUGGCAGCAUGAAGGCAGUACAACACAACCAGAGAAGGAAUCGCUUGCGUUGGUCUAUGCAGUGA